AUGCACGGCGCUCCUUGGCGUCGGAUUCAGACAUUCGGCAUCGAAAACUACGGUCCAAUUGAGAAUUUCUGCGAAAAGGAGCUACCACAGCCCUCCGACCUGUCUCCUCGAGACUUGUUGGUCCGUAUCAAGGCUGUCUCUGUCAAUCCAGUGGACACAAAGGUUCGAAAUGGAACUUAUGAUGACUAUCCCGCCGCAGACUACUACGACCACGUCCCUCGACCAUUCCAGAUUUGCGGUUACGAUGCGGCUGGAGUAGUGGAGCAGACUGGACCCGAAUGCUUCUUAUGCAAAGCAGGAGACAAGGUCUUCUACUCUGGAAGCCCGAUUCGACAGGGCUCGAAUGCGGAAUAUCAGCUCGUGGACGAACGAAGCGUCGGACAUAAACCAAACACGCUUGACUUUGCGGAAUCCGCGGCAAUGCCUCUGACGUAUGUUACAGCGUACGAAGCGUUAGUCGAACAACUGGAGAUUAAAAAGGGUGAGAAAGCCGCGCUACUGAUUAUCAACGGCGCUGGCGGCGUGGGUGCUGUUGCCAGCCAGAUUGCACGCACUGUCCUUGACUUACCUUAUGUUAUAACGACUGCCUCGCGACCGGAGACGAUUGAAUUUACCAAACAAAUGGGAGCAACUCACGUCGUUAACCAUCGAGAGGAUAUCCCGGCGCAGAUUGCAAAACUCGACCUCGACGUACCACUCAAGUACAUAUUCAUUACGUCCUCGACAGACCAAUACAUGUCGACCUGCGGCAAGCUGUGUGCUCCCUUCGGUAAAGUCUGCUCUAUCGUCCAGGGCCAGGCCAACAUGCACGGCACCGACUUCAUGUCCAAGUCGAUGUCUUUUAUCUGGUGUCUUAUCGGGACUAAACCGUACCACCAUGCUGAUAUCGAAUCGCAUCAUCACAUACUGGAGGAGCUCACACGGCUGAUUGAUGCGGGGCAAAUCAAAUGUCAUCUUGGGACGAGGUUGGAGUUGACGUUGGAUGGCUUGAAAGAGGCGCAUAACAUCAUUCAGUCAGGAAAGGCGAAGGGGAAGGUGGUUUUGGAAUUUUGAUACUCAUUACGCAUGCUGUACAAUCUGUUACAAUGUAUAUAAUGCACAUUGCACGGAAUGUGUAGAUAUGUUGGACCCUAUUCAGAAGGACGGAGCACGCU